AUGGCCAGACACGGCAAGAGUUACGCCACCAAAGAGGAAUAUGAACUUAGACUUAAGUAAUACAGAACAAGCAUGUCCUUGAUUAACUCUCACAACUCAAACAAUGCUGGUGGCUCAUUCCACUUAAAGCCAAACAAGUUCGCUGACUAUACCCCACAAGAGUACAAGAAGCUCCUCGGUUUUAGACCAGUAGCAAAGACACAAAAGACCCUCUCAGCUUAAGUCAAUGCCAGCGAUAUCCCAGAUUCCAUCGAUUGGAGAACUAAGGGCGCUGUCAACGCAGUUAAGGAUCAAGGUCAGUGCGGAUCUUGCUGGGCCUUCUCAACUGUUGGUGCUCUCGAAGGUAGAAACUUCAUCAAGACUGGCAAACUCUUCUCUCUCUCAGAACAACAACUUGUUGAUUGCGCUAGAGACGGUAGCGCUGGUUGCGAAGGUGGUGACAUGGGUUCAGCUAUGGACUAUAUUGCUAAGAACCCACUCGAGACUGAGGCUAACUACCCAUAUGCCGCUGUCGACUAAACUUGCUAAGCUGACCCUAAAAAGGAGAUAGUCACUGAUCUCGGUCACAAUGACAUCACUCCAAACAGUGUAGCUGCCCUCAAGGCUGCUAUUGCUUAGGGACCAGUCUCAGUUGCCAUUGAAGCCGACACUUUCACCUUCCAAUUCUACUCUGGUGGUGUUCUUAACAGCUCAGGUUGUGGUACCAACCUUGAUCACGGUGUUGUCGCCGUUGGAUAUGGAAAAGAAAAUAAUUAAGAAUACUACAUCGUCAGAAACUCAUGGGGUCCAUCAUGGGGAGAAAGUGGAUAUAUCAGAAUCGCUGCCGUUGAAGGUGCUGGUAUCUGCGGUAUUCAAAUGCAACCAGUUGCCCCAAAGCUUUGA